GGGAGACGGGGUUCGGACCCCCUCCCCGAGCCCAGGGUAACUUUGAAGGUGGAGGGGCAACCAGUUGAGUUCCUGGUUGAUACUGGAGCAGAGCAUUCAGUGCUGCUACAACCAUUAGGAAAACUAAAAGAAAAAAAAUCCUGGGUGAUGGGUGCCACAGGGCAACGGCAGUAUCCAUGGACUACCCGAAGAACCGUUGACUUGGGAGUGGGACGGGUAACCCACUCGUUUCUGGUCAUCCCUGAGUGCCCAGUACCCCUUCUAGGUAGAGACUUACUGACCAAGAUGGGAGCUCAAAUUUCUUUUGAACAAGGAAGACCAGAAGUGUCUGUGAAUAACAAACCCAUCACUGUGUUGACCCUCCAAUUAGAUGAUGAAUAUCGACUAUAUUCUCCCCAAGUAAAGCCUGAUCAAGAUAUACAGUCCUGGUUGGAGCAGUUUCCCCAAGCCUGGGCAGAAACCGCAGGGAUGGGUUUGGCAAAGCAAGUUCCCCCACAGGUUAUUCAGCUGAAGGCCAGUGCUACACCAGUAUCAGUCAGACAGUACCCCUUGAGUAGAGAGGCUCGAGAAGGAAUUUGGCCGCAUGUUCAAAGAUUAAUCCAAUAGGGCAUCCUAGUUCCUAUCCAAUCCCCUUGGAAUACUCCCCUGCUACCGGUUAGGAAGCCUGGGACCAAUGAUUAUCGACCAGUACAGGACUUGAGAGAGGUCAAUAAAAGGGUGCAGGACAUACACCCAACGGUCCCGAACCCUUAUAACCUCUUGAGCGCCCUCCUGCCUGAACGGAACUGGUACACAGUAUUGGACUUAAAAGAUGCCUUCUUCUGCCUGAGAUUACACCCCACUAGCCAACCACUUUUUGCCUUCGAAUGGAGAGAUCCAGGUACGGGAAGAACUGGGCAGCUCACCUGGACCCGACUGCCCCAAGGGUUCAAGAACUCCCCGACCAUCUUUGACGAAGCCCUACACAGAGACCUGGCCAACUUCAGGAUCCAACACCCUCAGGUGACCCUCCUCCAGUACGUGGAUGACCUGCUUCUGGCGGGAGCCACCAAACAGGACUGCUUAGAAGGUACGAAGGCACUACUGCUGGAAUUGUCUGACCUAGGCUACAGAGCCUCCGCUAAGAAGGCCCAGAUUUGCAGGAGAGAGGUAACAUACUUGGGGUACAGUUUGCGGGACGGGCAGCGAUGGCUGACGGAGGCACGGAAGAAAACUGUAGUCCAGAUACCGGCCCCAACCACAGCCAAACAAGUGAGAGAGUUUUUGGGGACAGCUGGAUUUUGCAGACUGUGGAUCCCGGGGUUUGCGACCUUAGCAGCCCCACUCUACCCGCUAACCAAAGAAAAAGGGGAAUUCUCCUGGGCUCCUGAGCACCAGAAGGCAUUUGAUGCUAUCAAAAAGGCCCUGCUGAGCGCGCCUGCUCUGGCCCUCCCUGAUGUAACUAAACCUUUUACCCUUUAUGUGGAUGAGCGUAAGGGAGUAGCCCGGGGAGUUUUAACCUAAACCCUAGGACCAUGGAGAAGACCUGUUGCCUACCUGUCAAAGAAGCUCGAUCCUAUAGCCAGUGGUUGGCCCGUAUGCCUGAAGGCUAUCGCAGCUGUGGCCAUACUGGUCAAGGACGCUGACAAAUUGACUUUGGGACAGAAUAUAACUAUAAGCCCCCAUGCGUUGGAAAACAUCGUCCGGCAGCCCCCAGACCGAUGGAUGACCAACGCUCGCAUGACCCACUAUCAAAGCCUGCUUCUCACAGAGAGGAUCACGUUUGCUCCACCAGCCGCUCUCAACCCUGCCACUCUUCUGCCUGAAGAGACUGAUGAACCAGUGACUCAUGAUUGCCAUCAACUGUUGAUCGAGGAGACUGGGGUCCGCAAGGACCUUAUAGACAUACCACUGACUGGAGAAGUGCUGACCUGGUUCACUGAUGGGAGCAGCUAUGUAGUGGAAGGUAAGAGGAUGGCUGGGGCGGCAGUGGUGGACGGGACCCGCACGAUCUGGGCCAGCAGCCUGCCAGAAGGAACUUCAGCGCAAAAGGCUGAGCUCAUGGCCCUCACACAAGCUUUGCGGCUGGCCGAAGGGAAAUCCAUAAACAUUUAUACGGACAGCAGGUAUGCCUUUGCGACUGCACACGUACACGGGGCCAUCUAUAAGCAAAGGGGGUUGCUUACCUCAGCAGGGAGGGAAAUAAAGAACAAAGAGGAAAUUCUAAGCCUAUUAGAAGCCUUACAUUUGCCAAAAAGGCUAGCUAUUAUACACUGUCCUGGACAUCAGAAAGCCAAAGAUCUCAUAUCCAGAGGGAACCAGAUGGCUGACCGGGUUGCCAAGCAGGCAGCCCAGGGUGUUAACCUUCUGCCUAUAAUAGAAACGCCCAAAGCCCCAGAACCCAGACGACAGUACACCCUAGAAGACUGGCAAGAGAUAAAAAAGAUAGACCAGUUCUCUGAGACUCCGGAGGGGACCUGCUAUACCUCGGAUGGGAAGGAAAUCCUGCCCCACAAAGAAGGGUUAGAAUAUGUCCAACAGAUACAUCGUCUAACCCACCUAGGAACUAAACACCUGCAGCAGUUGGUCAGAACAUCCCCUUAUCAUGUUCUGAGGCUACCAGGAGUGGCUGACUCGGUGGUCAAACAUUGUGUGCCCUGCCAGCUGGUUAAUGCUAAUCCUUCCAGAAUACCUCCAGGAAAGAGACUAAGGGGAAGCCACCCAGGCGCUCACUGGGAAGUGGACUUCACUGAGGUAAAGCCAGCUAAAUACGGAAACAAAUAUCUAUUGGUUUUUGUAGACACCUUUUCAGGAUGGGUAGAGGCUUAUCCUACUAAGAAAGAGACUUCAACCGUGGUGGCUAAGAAAAUAUUGGAGGAAAUUUUUCCAAGAUUUGGAAUACCUAAAGUAAUAGGGUCAGACAAUGGUCCAGCUUUUGUUGCCCAGGUAAGUCAGGGACUGGCCAAGACAUUGGGGAUUGAUUGGAAAUUACAUUGUGCAUACAGACCCCAAAGCUCAGGACAGGUAGAGAGGAUGAAUAGAACCAUUAAAGAGACCCUUACCAAAUUGACCACAGAGACUGGCAUUAAUGAUUGGAUAGCUCUCCUGCCCUUUGUGCUUUUUAGGGUUAGGAACACCCCUGGACAGUUUGGGCUGACCCCCUAUGAAUUGCUCUAUGGGGGACCCCCCCCGUUGGCAGAAAUUGCCUCUGUACAUAGUGCUGAUGUGCUGCUUUCCCAGCCUUUGUUCUCUAGGCUCAAGGCGCUCGAGUGGGUGAGGCAGCGAGCGUGGAAGCAGCUCCGGGAGGCCUACUCAGGAGGAGACUUGCAAGUUCCACAUCGCUUCCAAGUUGGAGAUUCAGUCUAUGUUAGACGCCACUGUACAGGAAACCUCGAGACUCGGUGGAAGGGCCCUUAUCUCGUACUUUUGACCACACCAACAGCUGUAAAAGUUGAAGGAAUCUCCACCUGGAUCCAUGCAUCCCACGUUAAGCCGGCGCCACCUCCCGAUUCGGGGUGGAGAGCCGAAAAGACUGAAAAUCCCCUUAAGCUUCGCCUCCAUCGCUUGGUUCCUUACUCUGUCAAUAACUCCUCAAGUUAAUGGUAAACGCCUUGCGGACAGCCCGAACUUCCAUAAACCCUUAUCUCUCACCUGGUUACUUACUGACUCCAGUACAGGUAUUACUAUUAACAGCACUCAAGGGGAGGCUCCCUUAGGGACCUGGUGGCCUGAGUUAUAUGUCUGCCUUCGA